UCCUCACUUCCACUUCCCAUUUCGAGCUAACUGCUAAUCGUACUCCGGGAAACUCCCUACACUUCCCGCCCAAUCGGUGAUCCCAAACCCUAAACCCUGAUUUCCGGCGGACCCAGAGGAGAUUGAACCCAUCAACCAACAACCAUUGCUUUUCGGCGAUGGACUUCAAAACCGGUGAUUUAGUGGAGGUGUGCUCCAAAGAUGAGGGUUUCCAUGGCGCGUUGUACGAGGCCAAGGUCGUCCGCUCAUUGCCAAGGCUCAACCGCUACACCGUGGUCUACGACUCCAUCGUUGAGGAAGCUGACACCUCCAAGCAUCUCAGGGAGACCGUCGAUGCUGCCCAGGUUCGCCCCCGGCCUGUUUGGGCGCGCGAUGGGGCAUUCACCGUGCAUCAGCACGUCGAUGCUUUUUGCAACGAUGGAUGGUGGGAAGGCGUUGUAUCUUGUUUGUUGGGGAGCGUCAGGAGGCCGAAGUAUAGCAUCAGCUUCCCUAUCACCGGCGACGCUAUGGAGUUCCUGCCGUCGGAGCUAAGGCCUCAUUUAGAUUGGGUUAAUGGGGAAUGGGUCAAUCCCCACUCUCAGGAUAUGCCAGAAAAGAUCUUUGAAAAGGGAACAUCUGUGGAGGUUAGCAGUGAUAUUGAAGGUUUUCAUGGAGCCUGGUUCCCAGCCACAGUUGUCAAAUCAGUUAGCAAUAAGUUCCUUGUGGAGUACAGAGAUUUAACAACCGAUGAUGAGACUGUGCCAUUAAAAGAAACUGUUGAUUCUCUGCACAUCAGGCCUGCACCUCCUACCAUUCCAGCACCAGGAAAAUUCAGGCAUCUUGAAGAAGUUGACGCUUAUUACAACGAUGGAUGGUGGAUUGGAGUUAUCUCUAAUGUUAUUGAUGAUUCAAGGUACACUGUUUACUUCAGGACUUGGGGCCAAGAGAUGGAAUUCAGGUGUGAAGACCUGCGGCCUCAUCAUGAUUGGAUCUGUGGAAGAUGGUUUCAGGCUUCCCAGGGGUUGGAGUUGUAAUAUUGGAGAUGCCAUCUCUUGAUGAUCUCAGAGAAUUCUGCUUCUUUUUAGAUUUUUGACAGCAAAUGCAUGUUUUAAUCUGCUAGCUGAGUUGUGGCCGUUGGAAGUCUUAUCAAUGCAAAAUCGACACAAUAUUGACCAUUUAAAAUGAAAUUAUACUAAAUUAGUCUCGAAUUUGACCUAAAUGGUUGUUUUGCGAAUGUUAAAUGG